AUGUCGGUUGCUCCAAGGAGCAGCGAGAAUGAGAAGAUUGCCCGUGAAAAGGCAAUCCAGCAACGCGUCUUCAUCUCCGGCCUCAAAGGCACGCACACGCUCGAAAAGGGCGUUGCGUACCACUACCGCGGUCACUUCAUCUACUCAUACCCCUUUGGCAAUCCCAUUGUGCCAGUCCCGUUUUCAACCAAGAAGGGCAUCAACAUUGUUGGUGUCACAAAAGACCAUGCGCCAGUCUACGAUCCUGAGGAUCCAUUGCUGAAAGAUGAGAGCGAGGUCCUUGCGCUCGAUAGGGCGUGCAUCCAUGAGCAGGAGUUCCAGUGGGAGAUGGCGCUGAGCAACUUGCAAGGCGAGGACGACGACGACGACAACGACGACGACGACGACGACGAGUCUGAGCCCGAGACAGUCACUGAGACUGAGGCGGUCAUGGAGCCCGUGACAAAGGUAAUCGACACUGCCGCCAUACCAAAGGUAAACGUACAGAAGCCUUCUCCCCCCACGCCAACUCCACGCACCCCAAGAUUCAACACUGUCCUGGUGCCUCCGCAGGUAGCUUCGCGGUUCCCCUCACGCAGCGCCUCGACCAUCUCUCUUAACAAGAUGUCCGCCCCUGACACCAAGACUUCCACUUCUGCUGCUGGUAUCCCGCGAGUCGGCACUGUCACAGCACCUUCAGAGACGCAUGAGCACGCGGGCUUCACGCCCAACGACAGAGGCCAGUACCUUGCGUAUUCGGCGCCAGGCUCACGCAUCGCAUCCGCACAGCACAGCCGCGCACCGUCUCGUUCCGCCUCGCCAAACAGCACUCUCAAAGUCCCAGGCCAAGUCCCACGCCGUAGCCAUACCCCCGCUCUACGCCCUGUAGCAAGUACCUCGCGCUUGUCCUGGCUCCUCGACGAGGAAAACACACAUCGACCGUACACUGCUGCACUCGAAAAUACGAGAUCCAGACACCAGCAGCAGCUAAACCAGCCUAACACAUACAGUGACCCACAAGAUGCCCUCCACCUCGCCAUAACCCCCAACUGGAUCGAUCCAGCCGCCAUCUCGGCCUUUGUCGAGUCCGUAUCGCGUCACCCCUCGCUCUCGUCUUCUUUUCUUGCUCUCCCGCAUCCAGGAUCGCAGAGCCACAGUCCGCUUCGCGCGACUGCCGACGAAAAUGUCCAUGUAGGUACCUUGUAUCUCGCUGGAACGGGCUACCCUGACAUCCAGCGUAAGCGUGAGCAUGAGCAUGAACAGCAGAUGAGCAUUCACCAUAACCACCACCACCAUGUCCCAUCUGAGUUCCCAGUGUUCCACUCAUCUCCACACGCAGCAGCACCAGCUACCACGGGUCUCCAGCACAGCGGAGCCCUCAUUCCCCGACAUACCGAUACUACUACUACUACUACUGAUGCUACUGUACCCGUAUCCAACACAAGUGGUAUACUGCAACCCGAAGGCAACAACAGCAAAACGCUGUACAUACCGCUCUCGAACCGCGCCCGUCCGCGCGCCGCAUCCAGAGCGCUGAAUCAAGCGUACAAUGCUUCCAAGACUCUGUUUUCAGAGUCUGGCACAGCAUCCAAUGGCAUGCUCACGAACACCACUGCUGCUGUGGAUUCCGGUGUACAUCACCCUCAUGACGAUGCCAACAUCAACAUCAACGCCAACAUCAACGCCAACAUCAACCAAGAAGAAGGAGGAAAAGGAGAAACAGAAACAGAAGCAGAAGCAGAAGAAGCAGCACCACGCUGCCCCCUCCACCAAGGUAAGUGCGACGGCGAAUCCGUAGUUGAGCAGCAUGUUACUUUGCGUGUGUGGGGGACGCGUCAUUUUUGGAAUCAGCAUUUACCCGUGGUGGAGUGUGAGGGCGGGAGAGUGCUGGUGGACUGGGCGGGGUUGAGGGAUGAGGAGGUGGAGAGGCGGAAGAAGCAGAGGGCGGGGGAGUAG